CGCAUCCCAAGAUCACACACUCUUGAGCUUCCAUUUCCAGAAACAAAGAUAGAAGACAACAAGAUGAUGAGUAGUAGUCGGCUGAUAGUAUCGUGCUUGUCCUUCCUGGCGGUUUUGGAUGGUAGAGCAGCCAAUGCGUUUCGGGGGCCUGGUUUGGCAAGCGUACAUGAUGUAUCGAGACGACAAUCAUCUACAGCAAUGAGCAUGUCGAUUCUGGACGACAUCAAAGCCAAGAGCGACAAUAACGAGUUGGGCGAUGACAAGAAAUUCAAUCCCUUUGAUUACAGCAAGGACCGCAGCAUUUCCACAGUCAACUAUUCCGGAACCCAGAUUUCUCUACGAAAAACCACCAUGACCGAACUUUUGAAUGAACUGCUGAAUGUGGCGACUGCACGGGAGGAAGUGCAAACCGUGUUGGAGAGCUACAAGGACUUUUUGCUAGAGCCACUCGAAGAUACGGAUGCGGUAUUGGAUCCCGAUUCCAUCUACACCGCUUCCAUGACACGCGAGCAACGGUAUCAGGCCUACCGGGAAUCCAUGGAAGAACGAGUCGAAAAGGCCCGAAAUGAAAGUGUCAAAACGGUCCUAAAGGCCAUGAAGGACUAUGUAUUGAGCUUUGAAUAAAAACAAGCUGCACUUUUCACGCUCUCAAAACAUAUCCUGGCUGUGUCAAUUCCAAUGAAUGAUAUCCUACCUGGCUAGCUAGGAAGCUGGCCAACAGCUAAGGGCCCAUCGUUAUCCUGGCAGCUAGCUAGAUUCAUCCGUGUGGUACCGUACGAGGAGCCCCUCAAGGUAUCCUGAUGUCGUCUACCAAAGGGUGCUACUAGUACCUUGAUGUACAUACAUAUUUCUAAACUACAAUUUCACGAUCG